AUGUCCACAAUCCAGUCCUUACAGGACUCGCUGGAGAAGAUUAUCCUCGAUCCACGCUUCAAAGACCCUCUGACUCUCGUCAAAGCCGUCCGCAAUGGCGCAGUCUACGGCACGAAAGUCCGCUUUCCUCACGCCCUGGUAAUGAUCUUCCUAUUCAGAUCGGGCACAGUACGCGAGAAGCUUGCACACAUAUUCAAAGCCACACGGCAACACGCCUCAAACCUCGCUCGUUUCGCUCUGCUCUACAAGUCCGGCAUGCUCCUCCUCCGAAAGCUCAACAAUGGCAAAGCAGCCUCCAUUCAUCCCUUCCUCUCCGGCUUACAUGGCGGAUACUGGGUAUUUGGUCAUGGCAGAGGAGCGAGGAGCAGCGUAAACCAACAAAUCGUCAUCUACGUCUUCGCAAGAGUGAUGCUUGCUCUCGCAAAAUUGGCCGUCCAGCCUAGAGGAGACAAUGCGCUCAUCGGCUCGCAUUACGGCGGACACGGCGGAGCUGGGGUCUUGGGCCUCACGCCUGAACAAAACAAGACGGUGCAGAAAUACAGCUGGCCUGUCUUCGCGUCGCUGUCUUGGGCAGGCGUGAUGUGGUUGUUCGAGGGAUACCCGGAUACGCUGCAGCCCAGUUUGAGGAGCAGCAUGACAUACAUAUAUGCGAACGCGGAAAAGUGGGACAGCACGAAGAACUUCCUUUGGCACAAUCAAUGA